CUGGCGCGGCGACGCGUGCAGAAUGGAAUCUAAUUUGAAUCAAGAUGGGGCUCCCAGACCUUCUUAUGUUUUUAGUGCUGACCCGAUUGAAAGGCCUUCGGAAAUAAAUUUUGAUGGCAUUAAGCUUGAUCUCUCUCAUGAGUUUUCUUUAGUUGCUUCAGGCGCUGAGAUAAAUAAUCUGGAGCCCAAAGAUUAUCUCCAGGUUUGUCUUCGAAUAAGACCAUUAACACAAUCAGAAAAGGAACGUGAAUCUGAGGGCUGUGUGUGUGUUUUGGAUUCACAGACCAUUCUACUUAAAGAUCCUCAAAAUAUCUUCAGUCAGUCAACUGAGAAAAGCUUUGGGCAGACGACACAGAAAUUCAGCUUUUCUAAGGUUUUUGGCCCAGAAACUACACAGAAGGAAUUCUUUCAGGGCUGCAUUAUGCAACUCGUAAAGGAUCUCUUGAAAGGACAAAGUCGGCUGAUAUUUACUUAUGGGGUAACCAACUCUGGAAAAACAUAUACAAUACAAGGCACAGAAGAAAAUAUUGGUAUCCUGCCUCGAACUUUCAGUGUAUUAUUCGACAGUCUUCGGGAAAGACUAUAUACAAAGAUGAACCUUAAACCACAUAGAUCCAGAGAAUACAUACGGCUGCCACCAGAUCAAGAGAAAGAAGAAAUUGCUUACAAAAGUGCAUUGCUUCGGCAAAUUAAAGAGGUUGCUGUGCAUAAUGAUAGUUCUGAGACUCUUCAUGGGAGUUUAAUAAAUUCUUUGAAUGUCUCAGAGUUUGAAGAAUCCAAUGCAGAUUGUGAACAAGCCAGCUUGACUAUGGAUAAUAAUAUUAAAUUUUCUGUGUGGGUUUCUUUCUUUGAGAUUUACAAUGAAUAUAUAUAUGACUUAUUUGUUCCUGUAUCACCCAAGUUCCAAAAAAGAAAGAUGCUGCGCCUUUCCCAAGAUGUCAAGGGUUAUUCUUUUAUAAAAGAUCUUCAAUGGAUUCAAGUAUCUGAUGCCAAAGAAGCAUAUAAACUUUUGAAAGUAGGAAUAAAGAACAAGAGUGUUGCCUUCACAAAACUGAACAGUGCUUCCAGUAGAAGUCACAGCAUAUUCACUAUAAAAAUAUUACAGAUUGAAGAUUCUGAAAUGCCUCGUGUGAUACGAGUCAGUGAAUUGUCUUUGUGUGACCUUGCUGGAUCAGAACGAAGUCUGAAGACACAGAAUGAAGGUGAGAGGUUAAGAGAGACUGGAAACAUCAACACUUCUUUACUGACCCUUGGGAAGUGUAUUAAUGUUUUAAAGAACAGCGAAAAGUCAAAAUUUCAACAGCAUGUGCCUUUCCGAGAAAGUAAACUCACCCACUAUUUUCAAAGUUAUUUUAAUGGUAAAGGGAAAAUAUGCAUGAUUGUCAACAUCAGCCAAUGUUGUUUUGCCUAUGAUGAAACGCUCAAUGUCUUGAAGUUCUCGGCCAUUGCACAAAAAGUUUUUGUUCCAGACACUUUAAAUACUUCCCUAGAAAAAUCAUUUGCACCUGUCAAAUCUUCUCAAGACAUUUCAGUAGACAUUAGUGAUUCAGACAGGAAAACAUUCAAGGUUAAAAGAACCACUAUGUCAUGGGAGAGUAAUCUAGAAGAUCUGGUGGAAGAUGAGGAUCUGGAAGGAGCUGAAGAAAACCAGAAUGUAGAACCUGAGUUUACCGAAGAAGAUCUAGAUCAGACAUUAGAAGAAGACGAGGCUCUCAGUAACGAGGAGAAGAAAAAACUCUUGGAUUUAAUAGAAGACUUGAAAAAUAAAUUGAUAAAUGAAAAAAAAGAAAAGUUAACAUUGGAGUUUAAAAUAAGAGAAGAAGUUACACAGGAGUUUACUCAGUAUUUAGCUCAACGGGAAGCUGACUUUAAGGAAACUCUUCUUCAGGAACGAGAGCAAUUAGAAGAAAAUGCCGAAUGUCGUUUGGCUAUCUUUAAAGAUUUGGUAGAUAGAUGUGAACAUCAGGAAGAGCCAAGGAAUGAAGAUUGUGCCGUGACAGUUGGAACUGAAGGAGCACAUAAUUGUGUAGAGAUUGAAGAUUUUAUUGAUUCUCUCCAAGAUGAUGUCACUGAUAUUAAGAAACAGGCUGAAAUUGCUCACUUAUAUAUUGCAUCUCUUGCUGACCCCCAGGAAGCUAUUGCUUGUUUAGAAUUAAAGUUUAAUCAAGUUACAGCUGAGUUAGCUAAGACUAAAGAGGAAUUAAUCAAAACCCAAGAAAAGUUAAACAAAGAAAAUGAAUCAGAAAUUAAUUUAAACUCAGUUCAAAAUCUUGUGAAACCUAAUAAGGAUGAGACUGAUAAAUCUUCUUUAAUAAUAAACCAUAAAUUGUCUCGUAAUGAAAUGGUUGAAGUUCUUAAGAACAGCAAAAUUAAAACCUCUUCAGGAAGAAAAAGAUCAAAUGAAAAUGAACUUCAAGAAGAUGGACCACCAGCAAAAAAAGGACCUCUAUAUUUUGACCCUUCUAUCUCUGAAGAUCACAAAAUACAUGAAGCUAUACAAGAAAACAUUUUCAAAGAAGAGGAAGACAUGAGAGUUUUACAAAAGAAUAAUGAAGAGCUGAAGGCACAUUCACUCAUUAUUGAGAAUGAACUUAAAAAUGAAAGGGAGCAAAAAGCAGAAUUGAAUAAACAGAAUGUUAGUUUACAAGAGGAACUUUCUUCUCUAAGUGUAGAGGUCCAGCAAAUUCAAUCAAAAUAUGAAAAUGCAAUUUCCAAAUUACAUGAACAGAAUGAUAUAAACAAAGAACAGGAGGAAAAAAUUAUGAAAUUGUCAAAGGAGUUAGAAACUGCAAGAAAAAACAUCACAAGUAACAUCUCACAAAUAAAAUUAAUGCAAACAAGAAUAGAUGAACUCCGGAUGCUUGAUUCUGGUUCUCAGCUCUCAAAAAUAGAUUUACUCAAUCUCAGGGAUCUGUCAAGUGGUCCUCAGGAGGAAAAUGUGCUGAAAACACAAGUACAACACCUAAGCAAUGAUUAUUUGGUGAAUCAGCUGGUGAAAGAAUCUUGUAUUCAAGAAUUUAGUCGGGAAAGUUCUUUCCACUCUAGUAUUGAAGCCAUUUGGGGUGAAUGUAAAGAGAUUGUGAAGACGUCGUCCCAAAAAAGCCAUCAGAUCCAGCAACUGGAAGAAAAAGUCGGAAAAUUACAAGAAGAAAUACAGGGUUAUGAAAAUGAAAAUAAUAGAUUAAAAGCAGAAGAGAGGGAAAACAAAAAUAAAGACGACCUAAUAAAAGAAAAAGAAAGUCUUAUACAACAGUUGCAAGUGGAACUGCAAGACAAAGCCAUUAGUCUUAAUGCUGAAAUGCAGCACGUAGCUGAGGGCACAAGGGCACUGUCAGAGCUUACACAGGAUAUUGCUUGUUACAAAGAGAAAAUACAGGACCUGGAAACGAUGUUGGAGACACAGAAAAACAAGUAUAAAUGCUCAACCAAGUUAGAACAAGAAAUUUUGGAAAAGGAAUCUAUCAUACUAAAGCUAGAACGGAAUCUAGAGGAAUGCCAAGAAAAUCUUCAGGAUUCUAUCAAAAACACCAAAGAUUUAAGUGAAAGAGAAAUCAGGUUGACGGAAGAAAUCACCCAGUUAACGCGUUAUUUGCAAGAUGCGAAAAGCUCACUUCAUCUAAAGGAAGAAGAACGUGAAAGCAUCAAACAAGAAGCAGAAAAAUUGAAACAGGACCUAUCUGCAAGCUCUGCUGUUAACAAGACUCUGAAAAUUGAUCUUCGGAGGAAAGAAGAAGAUUAUAUUGAGCUGAAAGAGAAAUUGACUGAUGCCAAAAAGCAGAUUGAACAAGUUCAGAAAGAGGUAUGCGUAAUGCGUGACGAAGAGAAAUUACUGAGGAGCAAAGUUAAUGAACUGGAGAAAAAGAAAACCCAGUGCUCUCAGGAGAUAGAUAUGAAACAGCGAACCAUUCAACAGCUCAGGGAGCAGCUUAGUAAUCAGAAAAUGGAAGAAGCUAUGCAGCAGCAUGAGAAAGUGUGCAGAGAGCUAGAUGUUAAAGAGAAAAUAAUUGCAGAUAUGCGAAUGACCCUGGAAGAACAAGAACAAACGCAGGUAGAACAAGAGCAAAUCCUUGAGGCUAAAUUACAGGAAACUGAAAGACUAGCCACAGAAUUGGAAAACUUGAAGGAAAAGUUCAAAUAUCUGGAAGCCAAAACUAAUCAAAGUACAAAUAAUGAACUUGACAAUAAUACAGAUGUGCUUAGUCAAAAGCUCAAUGAGCUUCAACAUGAGUUGCAGGAAUCUCAACAGAAAUAUAAUGCUGAUAGAAAGAAAUGGGUAGAAGAAAAAAUGAUGCUUAUCACCCAAACAAAAGAAGCUGAGAACUUACGAAAUAAAGAGAUGAAAAGACAUGCUGAAGACAGAGAACGCUGUUCAAAGCAGCAGAAGGAAGUGGAAAAGCUUACAACACAACUGGCAGAGAAAGAUACUGACCUUCAGAAGUGGCGAGAGGAACGAGAUCAACUGGUGGCAACUUUAGAAAUGCAGCUGAGAGCACUGAUCUCUAGUACUGUGGAGAAAGACCAUGAAAUUGAACGAUUGAGAAAGAUUGUAUCAGCGCCCUCUAAAAUGGAAAAACCAGAUGUGGAAAUCAAGUCCAUACAUAUUAGUCCAAUGGAGCCUGGUGAGGUUGAAACGGAAACUCAACUACCAAGUCUUCAAAAUUUAACAAAUGAAGCUGAGGACAGCUCUGCAGUCCUUGACUCUUGUGAAGUGUCAGCAGAAAAUGUCCCAAGUACCCGGUUCCCACAACCUGAGUUAGAGAUUCAGUUCACACCUCUGCGGCCAAACAGAGUGGCAGUGAAGCACCCUGGUUGUGCCUCCCCCGUGACGGUUAAGAUUUCUAAGUCGAGGAAGAGGAAGAGUAAUGACAUAGAAGAGGAUUUGAUGUGUGAAAAUAAGAGCACUACACCCAGAAGUAACUUGAAGUUCCCUAUGUCAGAACAUAAAAAUUCUCCUGUCAAAAAGGAAGAAAAGGUUUCUGUGCGUCCAUCAUCUAAGAAAACGUACUCUUUGCGGAGCCAAGCCUCCACAGCCAGUAUCAACUCGGCCACCAGGAGAAAAGACGGAACGCUACAGAAAUUUGGAAACUUCUUACAACAGUCCCCAACCAUUCUUCAGUCAAAAGCAAAAAAGCUAAUUGAAACAAUAAGUACUUCAAAGCCGAUAAAUAUGGAUGCAAGCAAAGAAAAUGUAUCACGACCUAAGCGAGCCAAACGGAAAUUAUACACAAAUGAAAUUUCAUCUCCGAUUGACAUCGCUGGCCAUGUGAUAUUAAUGGACCAGAAAGUAAAGGAAAGCGAUCACCAGAUCCUCAAACGACGACUUCGAACCAAGUUGGCUAAGUAAUACAUCUGUUGUGAGACUGUUUCAAUGCAAAUUUUAUUUUCACAAUCAUUGUAACUUACAUCCUGACUUUUAAAAGAUAAUUGUAUAUAUUAUGAUGUCCUAAAUCACUCUAUAUAUCAAUUGCUAUUUUAUACAUAGUAUAAUUUUACUUAAAUAAAAGAUUGUGAUCAA